GUGUAUGUUGUGCGCCGGUCGGGGCAGAGGUGGUGAGAGGGGUAGAGUCAUAGAGAAAUACAUCCCUGGGACGUUGCAAGUGUCUGCUGUUUCACCUGGUAGCCGCCAGUGUCCGCAAUGUCAAAGCAGCCACUGUCGGCGCCCUGCCAGAGCCGGUGCGGCCACGUGGACCGCAUCGGCACCGAGCUCACACCGGCCGACGUGGAGCAGCGGCGCCGCGACGGCCGCUGCCACUGGUGCGGCCGCCAGGACCCCAACCUCUGGCUGUGCCUGCACGACGGCUGCACGCGACUGGGCUGCGGCGACCAGGCCGACCACAGCACCGAGCACCACCAGCAGCAGCCGCAGCACUGCCUCGUGCUCAACAUCACCACGCUGCGCGUCUGGUGCUACGUGUGCGAGGCCGAGGUAUUCCUGGAGAACAACGUGCCGGCCGUGGGCCACGCCGGCGCCGCCAUCAGCGCCGACAACGUGGACGUGGCCGGCGCGCCGGCCGACAGUGACGACGAAGACGAUCGCAGCGAGGACGAGCCGCCGUGCGGCCUCACCGGGCUGCGAAACAUCGGCAACACGUGCUACAUGAACGCGGCGCUGCAGGCGCUCUCCAACCUGCCGCCGCUGACGCGCUACUUCCUGGACUGCGACCGGCUGGUGCCGGCCGACCGCAAGCCGGGCCUGGCGCGCGCUUACCUGCGUCUGGUGCACGAGAUGUGGAGCCGGCGGCGCGCCAGCUGCCUGGCGCCCACGGCCGUGCUGCAGACGCUGCGCGCGGCGCACCCGCAGUUCCGCGGCUUCCAGCAGCAUGACAGCCAGGAGUUCCUGCGCUGCUUCAUGGACGUGAUGCACGAGGAGCUGCGCCAGCCGACCGGCCGCUUCGACGGCGAGCAGGACGAGCUGGAGGAGCCGGCCGCGGCUCGCGACGACCCGCCCUCCGACUCGGCCGGCUCGGACGGCGAUGAGGAGGACGCCGACUACGAGACGGCCGACUCGGGUCUGAGUGACCGCUCCACGGACAGCGGCUCGGCCGUCCGCUACCGCAGCGUCGUCUCGGACGUGUUCGACGGACGCAUCCUGUCGUCGGUGCAGUGCCUCACGUGCAACGGUGUAUCGGCCACGCGCGAGACGUUCCAGGACCUGUCGCUGCCGAUCCCGAGCCGCGAGCACCUGGCCGUGCUGCACACGCAGGCGGCGUCGGCGGGCCGGCCGGCCGCCUGCGCCCAGCUCUACUCGCAGCAGGGCUGGGCUCCCUGGCUCUGGUCGUGGAUCACCUCGUGGUUUUCGGGCCCGAGCGUGUCGCUGCACGACUGCCUGGCGUCGUUCUUCUCGUCGGACGAGCUGAAGGGCGACAACAUGUACAGCUGCGGCCGCUGCAAGAUGCUGCGCAACGGGCUCAAGUUCUGCCGCGUGCUUGAGCUGCCCGAGGUGCUGACUGUGCACCUGAAGCGCUUCCGGCACGAGCUGGUGUUCUCCGCCAAGCUGGGCACGCACGUCGAGUUCCCGCUGGAGGGUCUGGACAUGUCGGGCUACCUGCACAAGCAGAGCCGCAGCCAGGUGACGUCCUACGACCUGGCGGCCGUCGUGUGCCACCACGGCACGGCCGGCGCCGGCCACUACACGGGCUAUGCGCUGAACCACACCUCGGGGGCCUGGUACGAGUACGACGACCAGUACGUGACGGAGGUCAGCGCCGAGACGGUCGCGUCCUGUCAGGCGUACAUGCUCUUCUACAGGAAGUCUUGCGAGGCGGCCAGCCUGCGCCGGCAACGCGCCACAGAGCUCAUCCACCGGGCGCGCGCCGACCCCUCCCUCCUGCCUUACUACGUCUCGCGACAGUGGAUCAACAAGUUCAACACGUUCGCCGAGCCGGGCCCCAUCGACAACACGGAUUUCCUGUGCCGACACGGCGGCGUGCUUCCGGGCCUGCGCGUGCCGGUGGAGGCGGCCUGCGUACGCCUGCCGGAGGCCGGCUGGGAGUACCUGCACGGCACGCUGGGCGGCGGCCCCGUCGCCAACGCGCUGUUCGAGUGUGGCCCGUGCCGCGCCGAGUGGGACGCGUUGCAGGCGCGGCAGCGGCGCGAGCUGACACCGGCGGCCGCCCUCUCGGCCGCCUGGUACCGCCGCUGGGAGGCGUUCGCGCGCGGCCGCGAACUGGAGCCGCCCGGCCGCAUCGACAACGCCGGCAUCGUGUCGACGCGCGGCGGCGUGACGCAGGUGCGGCCCGGCUCUGACCACGUGCAGCUGCCGGCCGAGCUGUGGGCCUACCUGAAGGGCAUCUACGGCGGCGGGCCCGACCUGGCGCUGGUGCCACCGGCCGCCCGGCACGACCACCCGGAGCCGUCUCGCGCCCGGGAGUCUUCUGCGUCCCCCAUCCCUGGAGUGCACCGGCGCGUGCGGUCCGGGGCCGUGCAGUCGGGCGACGCUCCCAUGAACGAAGGCUAGUCACGCCUCUCUGCGACGGGCGACAAACCCUAAGUUCAACGCGCGGCCGGCAGGUGGCCUUUGGCAUCUGGCGACUGGCCGUUGUUCGAGACUGAGGACGCCCGUACAUGGGUGUUGCACCGGCAGGCACUGACGCACACGAUCGGUGUUGUGUGGUAUGCCGUUUGGUCACCGCAGCGUGCCCCCCCCCCCUCACUGCACAGCCUCGUGAGCAGUCCGCCUUUAAAGACGGGCUGCUCUGAUGAGCGCGCCGUGUGAACCAAAUGGGGAUAAUUGCGGCAGUGCGGGGCUCGCGCCGUGGAUCGGUCCGUUUCAAGUCGCCUGUUCAUUUGGUGAUUCAGUUACCUCGCCAGAUGGGUUGAUGGCGUGAAUGUGUCGGUUAUGUGACACUUGUUAUGAUCAUUGCCGAGAUUGUCAUCACGGAACGUUUUAUCGACAGACCUGACCGUUUGUCAUCGAUCAACGAUGAUAAACGAACAAUGUCAACGAUGUCAACGAUGCAAUGUAUGUUGCCAUUCAUUAGUUUGCGGGUUCGAUCAUUGUCCUAGCAAACCUGUGUCUUCAAAUACUAGUUCGGUUGUAAUAAUACAUCACUGUUACCUUUUGCGGCUUCAAAAUCGGGGCAAGCUUCCGUGCCACGAUUUACGUUGCGAAUGAGUGACCAGGCUUGCGACUUCACUGCGGUUUAAGCCUUCCGAUGUUACGUCAUACUGAGGUGUCGUUCGUAACGGCCCGUAAUGUCCCUGCCUAGCGAGCGUCGCGCAACAGUUCGCGUCGAUUCAUUGACGCAGGCUCUCCAGUCGAAAGAAAAUGACCUUGUUGGACCGCUGUUGAAACGGGCCGAACAGCGACGGGACGAUCUCCCGCUUAUUCCGAGCGGUAACGUCGCGCUGUGCGGCGCGUCAUCGCUCAUUUAGUCCAUAUUUCAGCCGUCGACUCCAGUGGGUUCUGAGUUUUCCGUUUUUCAAACCUCGCCAUUCGAACACCUCAUGGUGAAUUAAUGCUGCUCUGGGGCAACGUGCAGCGAAGCUGAAACGAAGCGCACUUCUGGCUAAAGAAACCAAGCCCCCGUUGAACUGGUCUUGUUCUGUGUUCUGUGGUCUUGCUGACGCCAAGCUUUGUGGGGAAGGUACGUUUGUUUGUCCGCAUUCCUUCGUUGAUGUUGAUGCCAGUGGGAUGUGACUGCGUGUGUGUGCUGGUACGACAUCGCGCUCUGAUGGGGCUCAUGACGGGCCGGCUUGUGGACACUACGUGGCUCACAGCUGCCCCCUGCCAUCCUGGCACUUCAAAUUCCACAUUCGUCACUUGUGAAAACCUUGAUCCGGUAGAUAUCCAAUAAAGAAAAAAAUAUU